UCGCUGAAAGUGGCAUAUUUCAGUUGACGUGUGCGUAGAACGUGUGCGCCGACCAAUCGGAUGCAAGAUUUUCGCGAAGAAUCGUCGGGAGGAGUACACACGAUUCAACACAACUGUAGGUACGGCGGUGCGGUUGGGAGUUACAAGUUGAACGCAAUACCUCGCUCGUAUUUUGGUUUGGGUAUUGGUUUUUCAUACGGCCGUAGAACCGUAGAACAGAGGCAUUUAGCCGAAUUAAUUGAGACAACGGUGGCCAGCGAGUGGCUAAAAAUGCUACACGCCGGAAAUGGAGGUGAAAUUCGGCUGGAUAUGUUAAAACACCGCGAAGAAAGUGACACAGUAGAAGAGGCAACGUCAAGAAAGUGCGAGGGGCAGCUGUCUUCGAUGAAGGCAAACAGCUGUUCGUCUUGCAUACUUCCUAAUCGUACCAUUGAAAUGGAACAAGAGGAUAACAACUCGUGCUGGAACAAUCUGCCCAGCGUUAUUUUGCAAGAAAUAUUUUCGUAUUUGCCACAUGAGAACAGGAUAAAAGCCUCUCAGGUUUGUAAAAAUUGGAGAUAUGCGUUAUUCCAUCCCAGUUUUUGGAGAAAAAUUACUUUUGUUCUGAAAGACGAGGAUAGUAUUUCAUGGGCUAGGUUUCUGGCAGAUUGUUUUGGGCUUAGUGUACACGAAGCAACCAUAAGAUGUGACAUAGCGUGUCAUAUUGUAGAAACUUCUCAUCUUUUGAAAAAAUUAAGUUGUAAUAGGCAGUUACGAAAAUUGUUCUUGGAAUAUAGCAGUAGCAUAUUUGAAUGUCCUAAUUGGUACAUGGAAAGCGAGACUGACAGUCCAACGAACAGUACCUCUCUAAUGAAAUCCAUUGUGAAAAUUAUUGAAACAUCUAACUGUUUGGAAGCUCUGAGUUUAGGAUACAUAGAAGAGUUAGCAACUAAUGCCAAUAUAAUUUUAGAACCAUUACUUCUACAUCAUGCUAAACAUCUAACACACCUCAGUCUAGCAUCCGUCAAGGAUGACCCAGACCAUUAUGACUUUAUAGAAUUGGAAGAAUAUAUUUUUAAAUCAUUUAUCAGACUGACUGUUUUGACAGUAGAUUAUGACGUUGUUAAUGAUGCCUUACUCAGAGCUUUAGACAGUGGCACCAUGGAAACGAUAGUAAUACAUGUACAUGGUUGGCAUAACGAUUACUUAGGAACAUCAAAUGCAGCUUGGGAGUAUUUCGUUCAAAAGAAUCCAAAAUGUGAACUACGACUAAAUCUCAUACAUUCUUACAUUGGUGUAAAAGUAUUAGAUACGGAAAUUCUUCGCCCUUCCAUGCCUCUGACGCACUUAAAAGUAUUGUUCUGUGAAAAAUUUAAUACAGAGGUACUACAUCGAUUAUCAAAUUGGUAUCCUCACACAUUAAAAUCACUCAUAUGGAUAGAUUCUAUGGAUACUACGGUAAAUACUCCAGCUACAGACGAUCCUAAUGAGCCGGAUAGCCCAGAUCCCCUAGUAUUCGUGGCUUGGAAGUGUACUAAACUCGUGGAAAUGGUGUUUAUAGGACACAAAUAUUACAAAGAAAAUUUAUUAGCUAUCGCACGUCUCAGAGGAAGUACACUCAAACUUCUUGUAUUUGCAGAAAGUGAUAUUGCGUCUGACAGCGAAUCGUGGCACAAGACUGAGACCAUCACGCAUGAAAUACAAGAGAUAAUGGGUAAACAUUGGGCACCAUUGAGGAACACGGAGUUACCAACGGUAGUGUUGAAUCCAUUUGCCGGUGACAGCAGGGAGGUCAUUAUGCCGCUUAUCCUGCGCGACGAGAAGUAACUUCCAAGAAAAAUAAUGCCAAGAAAAUGUCAUCCAAGGACUAUCCAUUAACAGCCACGACCACUUAUGGAAGGAGAACAUUUUCAGAAGUACAGUUGUAAAGUUAUAUUCUUUAUUUUUCUAUAAGAUUUUUUUUUGUACGCAACGCGGUGAAUACGUAUAAUGAGUUCAUAGUCCAAAAUCUAAUUAACGCAUACUGCCAUCCGUCGGCUAGUUGUUAGAUGUAACUUAUUAAGUAGAGAGGAUGAGAAUAGUCGUACCGUACUAUCGCGCCGUGAUAUUACCAAUUCUUGUAUGGAUGUGAUAUGUAUAUGGAGCUCGCAUUUACAUUGCGCUAUACGUUUGCGAGUUUAACGUGCAUCAAUGUUCCUUCUUUAACGAUCAUGCUUUAUCUUAAACCAUUCCUUCAAGGAAGAUUUAUUCCUUAUAUGCACAAAACUAAUUUGUGGCACAACCAAGGGAGAUAGUUAACGGUGUUAUAGAUCGUGGAUCAUCGAUGUUCGUAAGCUCGAUUACCGAUGUAUAGUACACGAUCAAUCCCCAAUGCUCUAGCGAUAAGCCUACCUCUCGUGUCUUUCUCACGACGAAACGUCCAAAUUGAACGCAAAUUACAAUGUAAUACAAAUUGCAAUGAUUGAGAGGGAGAGAGAGAGAGAGAGAGAGAGAGAGAGAAAGAGAGAGAAAGAGAGAGAACGAUUUUCUAUAAUCCUUACGACGGAUGGUAGGAAUGACUUAUUUAUGCUGUGAUUUUUCUUCGUUGGAGAAGCUAUGCAGGGAAUCGCGUCUUUAUAUUGACAAUGAUAAUCGUAAACUUAUCAGGUAUAUAUAUCCUCACCGCGAUCUUUACUUUACCGAUCGUUCCUCUCACCCAAAUAUCAUCGAUACCCUGCAAAGAAUAAUAAGUAAAUUUCGUGUAGAUAUAACAAUACCUUGGUGUAUGUGAGAACAAGGUUAAUAUGUAAAAAAAAAAAAAAAGAAAAAAGAAAAAGAAAAGAAAAAAAGAAGAAAACGAAAACGUCAAGGUAACGCUAUAUGGAUAGCAUUUUUGACGUCUACCUGUUGCUACAGGGUCAUUAAAGAUAAUAUUUAAUAACCAAGGUAAAUAACUUGGAAAAGGAAGACGAUCAUCUAUGGGAUAGAAGUGAGAGAAAUUCCGUGAAACAAUUAAACAAGGGAGAGAGGUCCGAUCCCAUGAUCUUCCACAGGAAAACUAAUACGAAAAUUCCAAAAACGUUAUCUGUAAGUAGAAGAGAAAAGCAUCGUUCUUAACGGAUAUUUUUCCAAUCCACUGCAAGAAAAAGAAUGUAGAUAAACAAAGGAGUCAAGCAUUCGCUAAGAGCAUGCUGUGCGACACUACUAAGAAGGGAUAUUUAAAAACAACUCGAUAGAAUUAAACAUACUUUAAACGAGUAUUGCGUAGUUUGUAUUAAAUGCACAGGGGUACAGAGCUGAGAACUCAAAGUAAGAAGUCAAAUGGCGUUCCGAGGUUAUUUUUAAUACCAAAACCAAUCGGACGCAAUUGUAAAAAAAAAAAAGAAGAAGGAAGAAAGAAAAAAGAAAAGAAGAUGAAGAAGAAGAAGAAGAAGAAAAAAGCGACAAGAAACGUUUAAAUGUGAACGCGCACGCCGGAGUCGGCCAAGUAGUACAUGCAUACAAGAGAUAGCCGAAGAAGAUGAAUCAUGCGGAAUGUUGUACGGCGGUAUGUGUGUUAUAUCAUAUAAACUGUGAUCAACAACCGUUUGUUCUGUACGUACCAUUUUUCUCCAUCAUGCUCUUAGCGAUCGCCGAUAUGCGAAACAUGAGUAUAUCUAACGAAGAUCGAAGGAAGUAACUCUGCUAAUCGUAUAUAUACAUAUAUGUGUAUAUACAUAUGUAUAUGUAUAUAUAUCUAUAUACUUAUAUAUGUAUAUAUAUAUAUGUAGGUAUAUCUGUAACUACUAAUCUAUCGAAGUUUAAACGUUUAAUAUUCGGGUGCAGUAAAAAGCACUCGCAUUUCUAUCGUGCGAUUAAUAAUGGUGACGAUUUUGAAUGUUGUUUACAAAGGAACCAUAUAUAAUAACUUGAAGAAUAAGGAGGAAUAACAAAAGAGAAAGAAAAAAAAAAGUAGAAGAAAAAGAAAAGAAACCAAGAAACCAACGUAUAUACAGUUAUACUAUUCUGAGAUGCGAUUUACUUUUUUCGAAUCCUUGUAUAAUUAUUAACGUCGUCGUAUGUACAUCGUAGUCACGUAUUAUACCAUUCUUUUUUUAUAUGUGAUCCUGUACAUACACUUCAUCGAAAUCUUUAAAUGAAAAGAAAAGAAACAAAAAAAAAGGAAAAAAAAACAAAACAGAAGUAUUUCCACACUUAUAUGUGAAAGAAAGCCGCGAUAAUGUGCCCCCCCCCCCCCCCCCCAAACAUGGUGUAAAGUCAAGAAUAAGAUAUGCGAAAAACAAUGUUGUAAUACGUGUAAUAUAUAUAUAUAUAUACACACGCAUAUAUAUAUAUACAAAUCUACAUAUGUAUGUAUGUAUAUAUGUAUACAAAAAUACACGAAUGCAAAAGGUUCGAUCGAGUGUGAGGCACAAAAAAUGUAUGUAAAAUGAGGGAACGAUAUUCCUUUCGAGCGAACACGUAAAAACGGGAGAGAAAGAGAGGAAGAGAGAGAGAGAGAGAGAGAGAGAGAGAGAGAGAGAGAGAGAGAGAACGAUAAGAUGCCGCUAUAAUACAAGAUGAACGGGCCUUAAUAUGUACCUGAGUCGCGAUGUAAGAGUAAUUUUGACGAAACGUUUGACGCGCGACGUUCGCGAUAUAAAAGAAAGAAAGAGAAGAAACAUACACGUACACGUUAAAAGCUAAUCAUUAAAUCCUUAGUAGACAUUUUUUGUCGAACCAUUUGGUAAUAACGAAACCAAUCGUUUAUCAAAAAAUGACUAGAGGUUAAGAUAGAAGAAGAUAUGCGUCUGCGACAGCCCUUUCAUUUCGUACUACAUGCGCGUGAACAAUUAAUUGUAUUUACUUUACAUUGAACGAUGUAACACGAGAAAAAGAAAGAGAGAGAGAGAGAGAGAAUGUGUGAGAAAAAGAAAAGGGGAAAGAGAAGGAAGUCUUAACGCGAAAUAAGACUCGUAUAAUAAUCGAAUAACGCGCGCUCGUUAGCCGCCAUUUUAACGCGCGUAAGUCCGCCAUGUUUUUUCUUUUUCCCCUCUUUUUUCUUUACUUAUUUUAGAUUUUCUUUUUGUUUAUUUAUUUCUUUCUUUCUUCCUUUCUUUCUUUCUUUCUUUCUUUCUUUCUUUCUUUCUUUCUUUCUUUCUUUCUUUCUUUCUUUUAUUUCUUUUUUCAUUUAACGAUAAUUCCUUUGAUCAUUCUUGCAUAAUUUUUCCUUUAGCUUCGAAAUCGCGUGCUUAUAAAUAUUAUUAAAAAAAAGUCAUGCUCGCGUGCGCGCGGUGUUUACGAGACCGUGAAUGAGAGCAAGAGAGCGAGAGAGAGAGCGAGAGAGAGAGAGAGAGAGAGAGAGAGAGAGAGAGAGAGUACGUGUGUAUGUAAAAGACCAUGCAUGUUGCAUUCGUAUUGCGAAGAAUCUAUCUAUGUGUGUCGCGUGUAAGGGAGAGAGAGAGAGCAGAAACAAGAUAAAAAUUAAAUAGAAAAGUAAAGAUGAAAUGUGAGAAAGAAAAAAGAAUAAAUCUAGAUGAUAAUGUGUAGCACCAUCUAUGCGCGUUAAAAAGAAAAAGAAAAAAAGAAAAAAAAAUAAGAAGAAAAGAACAAAGAAUGUGCAGCCGCUUAAUAUGGGCACAACGCGAAGGUACACAGCGUGCGUAUAUGUAUUAUUGAUUAUAGAGCGCGACGAUAUACAACAAACAUAAGACUGAACCUGCCGAAAAAGGUGUAUUUAAACAAAAAAUAUGCAUACACAAUCGCGCGCGCGCGCACAUAUUAUACAUGAAAGUUAAGCGAGCUGCACGUUGCAUCACGAUGGACAUCGUACUCAUGAAGGAACACGUACUUCCUAUGUAUAUGCGAAUAGGCGGAAGAAUGAAAAGAAGAGAAAGAGAGAUAGGGAGCAAGAUUUUUCUCGUGAAUCUCUUCUGUGGUUUAUUCUUUUAAAAAUGCUACCAACAUUAUUGGGCCUUCUUUCUUUUCUUAUUACUUUUCUUUUCUUUUCCUUUUUUCUUUUUUUUUUUUUUUUCUUAAUUUCCGGUUCGCUCGAUGGUGGAAAAAUUUAAUAUAUGUAUAUAUACAUGUACAUAUAUAUACACACACAUAUGUAUGUAUGUAUGUAUAUAUAUAUAUAUAUAUACACAUGUUAGCGAUUUUAUGAAUAUGUUCGUCGUCGUAUUAAUGCGAAAGAUUAAGCGAAAGGAUAUUAAGAAGCAAUUAAAAUAAGGGUGAUGUGUGUGGUGCGUGUCACGCAAAGACAGCUAGCGUUUAGAGAUACGGAAAAGAGAAAAAAAAAAGAACAGGAAGCCUCCAUACACA